AUGGCACAAAACAUCUACGACCAAGGGGACUUCCUCAAAGCAUAUGCCCAACUUCCACGUUCCCUUCAUGGCUUGGAAAAGGCUCCUGAAUUUCAAGUACUUCGCUCUUGGAUACCAGACCUUGAAGGAUUGAAUUUCCUAGAUCUUGGAUGCGGCAUUGGUUGGAUGUCUAGAUGGGCGCGAGAAAAUGGUUCCCAAUUUGUUCAGGGUGUAGAUGUGUCCAAGAAUAUGCUAUCUCGAGCAAAAGAAUACCCAGAAGACACUGCCAUUAAUUAUUGCAAAGCCGACCUGGAAACUCCAGAGCUGCCUCCAAAUACGUUUGACGUUGCUUAUAGCUCUCUGGCUCUACACUACAUCGAGAAUCUACCAGCUCUCGUCGAUUAA